AAGGACGAAAGAAAACAAGAAAAAAGUCUCAAUAUUCCUUAAAAAUAAAACUGAAAUGUCCUCUAAGAGAUAUGUCAAUUAAGGUGCUGCACAUUAUUCUUAGAUUGCAAGUAAGAUAAUUAAGUUACAUUGUUUUAGUACAAAUCAAGGUUCUGAUGCAAGUUUUGUCAAAAUCUUCUUUGCAGUUGAUGAGUUUCCUGUUUGGGAUGCUGGCUUUUAGGGGGACCAAUACAAAAUUUCUUCCAUCGGAAGACCAUGCGCCCUAAACUCUGCCUUUUGAGAGUCUGUAUGCUUCUUGAAGCAAUUCCGUGUUUUUUUCAAUUAGGUCUUCUUGGAUAGUUGUGCCUGAGUUCUUUAACAUUGGGUUCUUGUAUAGCGCUCAUACAUGUAUCUGUCAGACUUGACACUCCUGGCGCUCCCGAUUAUUACUGUGGCUUUUGUAAUUUUGUAACAACUCUUAAUUGUCUCUCGCAAUAUGAUUUAAGCUCAACUAUAAUUGAACGAUCACCUUUACGUGUUUUUGAAGAAGGGUCGUCAACUCGAUGGCUAUACGGUCUAUAUCUUGCUCCUGAAGAUCAACUUGAAUUCGCUGACCUUCUUCACAAACUAGAGUAUUCAAUUUGAUGUUUUCUGCACACUUCUCUAUGAGACCGAAGAUUAUAAACUUGGCGUUUCAGGUUUGCAAUUUUUUUGAGGCUGUUAUUAGUUCACGUAGAUGUUUGAUGGCUGUCUCCUUCUCAUUCACCUUCAUCUCGACAUCCAUCAAGGUUGAUUUUGCCUUCUCUGAUGAGGUGUGAAGAGUUGGACAAUGGACAAGACAAUAUACACCCAUAUAUAACAGCAUGCAGUGGAGAGAAGACCCAUCUGUGUUUACAUUGCAAGUUGGACAAUGGACAAGACAAUAUACACCCACAUAUAACAGCAUGCAGUGGAGAGAAGACCCAUCUGUGUUUACAUUGCAGUAAAACAUUUACAGAUGAGAACACCCUGAUACUACAUCAGAAAACACACCAGGUCGACUAUGAGCUUACUAGCCACCUUCGAACACAAACUCAAGAGAAACCUUUCAACUUUUCCCAGAAUUACAAGGGUUUUCCUUGCCAAAGUAAUCUAGGAAAGCAUCUAAGGACGCAUACAGAAGAAAAGCCUUUUCAAUGUUCCCAUUGUUGUAAGACAUUUUCUCAAAGGCAAGAGCUUACAAGCCACCUUAGAACAUAUACAGGAGAGAAAUCCUUCACAUGUUCCCAGUGUGAUAAGGUUUUUACUUCCCAAAGUAAUCUGACUAACCAUUUAAGAACACACAGUGGAGAAAAGCCCUAUCAAUGUCCUAACUGUGAUAAAGGAUUUUCUGAAAAGAAGAAUCUUACUCGUCACCUUAGAACACAUACAGGAGAGAAACCAUUUAUGUGUUCUCAGUGUGAUACAGGUUUUGCUCAAACAGCUACCCUUAUUAGGCAUUUAAGAACACACAGUGGAGAAAAGCCUUAUAAAUGUUCCCAUUGUGUAAAGACAUUUGCUCAACAGGCUAAUCUUACUAGCCACAAUAGAAGACAUACAGGAGAGAAGCCUUUCAAGUGUUCCCAGUAUGAUGAGGGUUUUUCUCAAAGAAAUAACCUUACAAGACAUUUAAGAACACACAGUGGAGAAAAAACUUUUCAAUGUUCCCAUUGUGAUAAGGUUUUUUCUCAAAGAGGUACCCUUACGAGACAUUCAAGAACACACAGUGGAGAAAAACCUUUUCAAUGUUCCCAGUGUGAUAAGGGUUUUUCUCGAAGAAGUUCCCUUAUUAGCCAUUUAAGAACACACAGUGGAGAAAAACCUUUUCAAUGUCCCCAGUGUGAUAAGGGUUUUUCUCAAAGUAGUUCCCUUAUUAGACAUUUAACAACACACAUUGGAGAAAAGCCUUAUUGAUGUUACCAUUACGAUAACAGUUUUUCUAAACAAGGUGAUAUUAAUCGUCAUAUUAGGACACAUACAUCUACUAGAUAAAACGUGAAAAUGUUCCGAUUGUAAUACGGUAUGAGAUUUUUUUAUUAAUUGGAUGUUAUUAGCCAGCUAAGAUAACUUACAGUGGGAAACUCUUUAAUUGAUCCGUUUGUGAUACAGGUCAUCUUACCUGUCAUGUUUAUAGGACACACACACUAGAGAAAAACCUUAUAAAUGUUGUGAUUGUAAUAAGAGAUUUUUUUUUUUUAAAGACAUUUUUUUUUAUGAAUGGGAUGUUACUAGCCACCGUAGAAGCAUACAGGAGAGAAACACGUCAAGUGUUCCUAAUAAGAUAGGAAUUUUCUUAUAAAAGUGAGCUCACAAGGCAUAUAAGAACACACAUAACCCCUAUAAAUGUUAGGAUUAUAUUAAGAGAUUUUCUUUGAACAGUAAUCCUACUAGUUAUCUAAGAAUACAUAUUGGAGAAAAGCCAUUUAAUUGUUUACUUUGUUCUGAAAGGGAUUUCUUCGUUUGUACAGUGCAUGAUAUUGCUAAUUGCCUGAUAAUACACAGAGUAAAAAUUCCACAUAAAUGUUUUAAAUGUAAUAAAAGGAUUUUGUCGUAUUAGUGAUCCUUUAAAAAUAAUAUAGUUCUAAGUUUAUUGCUUCAAUUCUGAAUACAUAAAAAAGGACAUUUACAUAAUAAUGAGAGGUACAUUAUGAAAUUUAGCGUACAGAAUACAUUGAAGAUAACUUUGAUAACAAUUUUACAUACUUGUUUUGCCAUUUCAACGUAUGUUCAGCAUUUGUCCUUGUCUUGUGGCAUUAACGCUUUCCACUUUUUCUAAAUAAUAAAUUUCCAACUUGAACUGUAUAAAUCUUAAGUUAUUUUCUUUGCAUUUAUUUUGAAAAAUGAAUUGUUGAUCAUACAUAAACAAAAGUGUUAAUCGUUUUGUUACUAAUCUUGACUCCAAAACAUAUAUCUGUGAUUUUGAUUUCACUGAGCUGCAAUUAUAGUAAUUGCAGCUCAGUUACUGAUAUCUUUCCAGAAUUUUUUUACAACAGGACACGUAUAGAACAAAUAAAUUAACGUUUGCAUAUCUGUUUGACAGGAAUUGCAUAUUGGUGUACUUUUUAUACCAACAAGGUGCAAAUAUUAAUUUGUAGAAAUCCUUUGAUGGAGGAAUUUGAACUGAAAUUCUUGUAACCUGUAAUCUAAAGUUGUCAGUGGCUUUGUUAAACGAUUUUGCCACUUUAAUGUAAUUUCAAGCGGUACAGGAAUUUUUGCUUGUGAAGUCAGAUCCAGUUUCCAUUUUCAUAACUGUUUUUUUAAUCUGUUUUUUUGUACCAUAAUGUUAUUAAUUUUCAUAUCUAAAACUACCUCUGAUUCUUCAAAUGUAUUUUUUCAGAAUUCUUUUCCAACUUGCAGAAAUAGCAGAUACAUAGCACAUUAAUCUAAAAGAUGUAUCAAUCUCACGUUGUGCCUUCAACAAAACUUGGUGAAAGAUAUAAAGCUACCAUUUUUACUCAGAAGACCUUUCACAUAAAGUAUCCUAGCCUCAACCUAUUUUUUUUUAUAAAGAUUAUCUUUUUAUCUAUUUUUACUAAUGUAUUAUUCCACAAUGGUUGAAAUACAAUUUUUUUUAAAUCUAACAGUUUUAGUACGUAUUGUACGACCAAGCUGAGAAAACAUGUGUCCAAAACAUAUUUAAUAAUGGAUGUUUGAUAUCUUUCGAUUGGAAGUUUACACCACAAAGAAAUAUAUAUUUUACCAAUGGGAAUCGACUUUAAAAAGCAGUUAAACAAUGCCAAUAUUAAAAUAAACGUAU